GGGGAGGGAGAAGGUGGUGGCGGCGCGCGCGUACUCGCCCACAAUGAUUCUUGUGACGUAUGCACGUGGAUGCACGCGGCCGUUCCGCGUUCCUCCCCGCCGGCGCCGUGUGGGGGAAAUGGCGGCAGCGGCUGCGUCGAGUUCCUUAGUGCCGGGCAGCCGCUGGUGCUUCAGCCGGCAGCAACUGCAGGACAGCCCGUCGCGACGGGGCGGCGUGGACUGGGACAAGGAGUUGUCGUACCGGCAGCAGACUGCCAACCUACUGCAGGAUAUGGGCCAGCGGCUCAGCGUUUCCCAGCUUACCAUCAACACGGCAAUUGUUUACAUGCACCGGUUUUAUAUGCAGCAGUGUUUCACCAAGUUUCAUCGCAACAUCAUCGCUCCUGCCACUCUCUUCUUAGCCGCCAAGGUGGAAGAGCAACCUCGCAAGCUGGAGCAUGUAAUUAAAGUGGCGCACGCCUGCCUGAACCCACAGGAACCCCCACCUGAUGUCAAGAGUGAGGCCUACCUGCAGGAAGCACAGGACCUGGUCAUCCUAGAGAGCAUCAUACUGCAGACCCUGGGCUUCGAGAUCACCAUAGAUCACCCGCACACUCAUGUGGUGAAGUGUACACAACUAGUCAGAGCAAGCAAGGAUCUGGCACAGACAUCAUACUUCAUGGCUACCAACAGCCUCCACCUCACCACCUUCUGCCUGCAGUACCAGCCUGCUGUGGUGGCCUGUGUCUGCAUACACCUCGCUUGCAAGUGGUCCAACUGGGAGAUCCCCGUCUCCACAGACGGCAAGAAUUGGUGGGAGUACGUUGACCCCACCGUCACACUGGAACUGCUGGAUGAACUGACGCACGAGUUCCUCCAGAUCCUGGAGAAGACCCCCAGUCGCUUGAAACGCAUCAAGAGCUGGCGGGCCAGCCAGGCAGCGAAGAAGCCUCGUCUGGAGGAUCCGGAGACAGAGGAGGUGUCCUGGUCUGCCCCCCUAUCAGUGCACACGUCCAUUGGCACCUGCCCGGAGCCACCGGCUGGCGGGGCAGGGCCCGUGGAUGAGCGAGGUGGACGAGUCGGCCCCUCCCAUGCCACUGUACCUGGCGGCACCCUCCCCCAACGGGUGAGCCUAUCUGAGUACCGGGCCAAGCGUGCUGAGGAGCUGGCCCAGCAGAGGCAGCGGGCUGCGGUGCCCCUCCACCCAAGGCUGCGUCUGACCCCAGCGCUGGAGGAAGGAUCGGAGAGUGGGGAGAGGGAGGACGAAGGGGAGAGAGGGCGGAGAGAUAGGAGGAGGGAGGGAGCCCAUCGCCACAAGCGUCACCGGCAUCACAGCGGAUGGGGUGGUGAGGAGGAGGCAGGGAGCAGGCACAAGCAGCCCCGCCCCUCCAAAAUGCCAGGACCUCCUCCCCCACCGCAUCCCCCUCCCCCACCCCCACCUCUUCCCUCAUCGCUGCCACUGGAGACCAAUGGUCACGGGCAUUACCAGGAUGCCUUUGACAUGCUCGAGUCCCUGCUCAGUGCCCAGGGGGUGCCCCGAACAGCCCAGCCCCCUCCCCCACUGCCCACCGAGCCCCCUCCACCCCUGCCCCCUCUCCCCAAAUGAUGGAGUGGGGAUGGGGUAUUCUCCCUUUGCCCCUGGCCUCCAGCACCGUCAGAACACAGGGACAGAAAGUGGGGUGGGUGGGUUCUGCCCCUCUCCCCAAGUGAACCAGGGUCAGGGGUAGUUCUCCCUCCACACCAUCCCAUCACUCUCCAAGUGAACCCAGGGACAGAGUGAGGGGUGGGAGCCCUCUCCACCUCCUCCUCCUCCUACCUGUGUACCCAGCGAUGGAGAGAGGGAGUCAGGGUCCUUUAAACUCUAUUCCACAGGGACAGAGAGAAGGGCGAGUAAACCCAUGUACAGGCAAAGAGGGGGAUGGGGGUAGUCUCCCUCCAUCCUCUGCCUCCAUCCCUGUUCUCCAAUUGAAUCCAGGGAUGGAGAAAGGGAGAGAGAAGGGGUGUCUCCUCCAUCUGCUCCCUGCAUUCCUCAAGUAAAGACAGGAAUGUCUCCUCAUAUGGUGAUGGAACGUUUGCAAGUAAUUUGCCAAGAUCGGAGAACAACUCAACCCAACCAUCAAGCAUCAAAGCUACACAUCUUCUGAAUUAUUUCCAAAGACAGGAAUGGAAGUGUGCUUGCUCAGCCCAUCGCACCACUCCCCAAGUGAACACAAGGACAGAGAGAUAUGGGGAGGGGCACAGCAGCUGACAGAUUUCCAAGGGCUGAGCAACAUCGGUGGGGUGUAAUGGUUUUGGAUCUAGAUGGUGCAUAAGGAAGCUGUUGCUGGGGUCUAGACCCCGAGAUGUAGAUAAUCCCUCUCCGCAUCCUCCUUAAACACAUAGUGCCUCAUCUGCUAAAUCCCUCCAGCACCUUGUGUGUUGCUCCAAAUUCCAGUGAAUCUCUUGUCUCAAGAAAGGGUGGGGGGCCCAAGCAAAAGCAUAGAAACAUAGAAAGCCUAAAGCACAAUACAGGCCCUUCGACCCACAAAGCUGUGCUGAACAUAUCUUUACCUUAGAACUACCUAGGCUUACCCACAGCCCUCUGUUUUUCUAAGCUUCUUGUAUCCAUCCAGGAGUCUCUUAAAAGACCCUAUUGUUUCUGCUUCCACCACCGCUGCCAGCAGUCCAUUCCACGCACUUACCACUCUCUUUGUAAAAAACUUACCCCUGACAUCUCCUCUGCACCUGCUCCCCAGCACCUUUAAACUAUGCCCUCAAGUGCUAGCCAUUUCAGCCCUGGGAAAAAGUCUCUGACUAUCCACACGAUCAAUGCCUCUCAUUAUCUUGUACACCUCUUAUCCUCCAUCGCUCCAAGAAGAAAAGGCUGAGUUCACUCAACCUAUUCUCAUAAGGCAUGCUCUCCAAUCCAGGCAACAUCCUGGUAAAUUUCCUCUGUACCCGUUCUAUGGUUUCCAUGUACUUCCUGUAGUGAGGCAACCAGAAUUGAGCACAGUACUCCAAGGACCAGGGUCCUAUAUAGCUGCACCAUUACCUCUUGGCUCUUAAACUCAAUCCCACGAUUGAUAAAGGCCAAUACACUGUAUGCCUUCUUAACCAGAGUCAACCUGCGCAGCUGCUUUGAGCGUCCUAUGGACUCGGACCCCAAGAUCCCUCUGAUCCUCCAAACUGCCAAGAGCCUUACCAUUAAUGCUAUAUUCUGCCAUCAUAUUUGACCGACCAAAAUGAACCACCUCACGAUUAUCUGGUUUGAACUCCAUCUGCUACUUCUCAGCCCAGUUUUGCAUCCUAUCAGUGUCCCGCUGUAACCUCUGACAGCCCUCUACCCUACCCACAACACCCCCGACCUUUGUGUCAUCAGCAAAUUUACUAACCCAUCCUUACACUUCCUCAUCCAGGUUAUUUAUAAAAAUCACAAAGAGAAGGGGUCCCAGAACAGAUCCCUGAGACACUCCACUGGUCACUGGCCUCCAUGCAGAAUGUGAUCUGUCUCCAACCACUCUUUGCCUUCUGUGGGAAUGCCAAUUCUGGAUCCACAAAGCAAUGCCCCCUUGGAUCCCAUGUCUCCUUACUUUCUCAAUAAGCCUUGCAUGGGGUACCUUAUCAAAUGCCUUGCUAAAAUCCAUAUACACUACAUCUACGGUUCUACCUUCAUCAAUGUUGAACUGUUGGCAUGUGUGGGGAAUGAGGAACAUGACUAUUUUCAUAUGGCCCCUAGUCAUUCAAUGACUAAUAUAAUUAGUUCAGUACAGUAUGAUGAGCCAAAGGGCUUGUUCUCAUGCUGUGGCAGCCUUGGCAUUUCUUCUCCCUCCCCACCUAAGCUGUUCGACCCAUUGGAACCAUCAUGUGAUGCAUCCGCUUCAGAACUCAGCAUCUCUCCUAUCUCCAGAAAGAUUCAGGGAGGGCACCUGUCCCCUCAUUAAAGAGGCGAGAGAGGGUCCAAAUGGCCUCUGUUCCAAGGGGUAGGGACCAAGGAACAGUCAUACUGAUGGGGUGAGCAGUCGUGUGUGCGCGCACACAUGUUUAAAGAGAGAAUAUACUGUUUACAUUAUUUAAAGUAACCUGCCAGUUAAAAGUGCAUAGUAAUACUGCUGUGUGGGUGAACUCCCACCCUCUGAAGCCUGGAGGGGGGAAAGGGAAGAGGAAGUGUCCACUUCCCCCAUCCCUCCUUUAAGCCUGUGAACAGGGGGUGUAGUGAUUAGAACCCAGAAUAAUAUCCCCCCCCCUUUUCAAGAGCACAAGUGAGCCCUAAGCAGAUAGCUGGGUGCAUGUGUUGACUUGUACAGCCACCAGCCUCUCUCCCCCACCCAACCUGCCCACACUUCCUCCAAC